UUAUAUAACAUAAUUUUCUUAAUUAAUCAAUCUGACGAGGAUGAAGUAACAAAUAUUAAUAUUUAUACAAAUCCCUGGAAAAGAAGUGGUUGGGUGGUGUUCGUUGCCUAGGCGAAUCCACCGGGCAACGUCAUCGAUCACUCGAAUUUCCCUUUCCGCGAGUGAAACGCGGUGGCACGCCGCGACCGAUUUUCGUGCCGCGUUAUUAAGUGUGCCAGUGGAUCGUAGGGAACGUAGGAGGUUCGACGACACCGUUAUCGUUACUUCGAACGAAUGACAAUGGAACGACGCCUUUCCACGGGAGCGUAUACCGCGUCUCGUUCCAUUCUUUCGGAUCGGAACAAAGCGGAGUGAACAACCGACACCGUUAAUACGACGGAGGUGGCGAAUUCGAAGCCGAGGCGAAAACGAUCCUCGAAUACACAAUCCUCGGGCAACUUAAACCGUUACGCCCGCUUAAUAUGCAUUCUUCGUUUCCUCGUCGUUCGAGGGGGAAGCAUGGCGGAACUUGGAGCGUUCCCUCGCUCGUCCCAACGUUACCAUUCGAAAUUCGUUCGCCGCGGGUAUCGUUCGAUCGAAAGAUCGUUCGGCUCGAUCUCUCCUCAAAAAAAUAAGAUAAAAACGCUCGCGCUCGCGCGAGUUGUGCUCGCUCUUCCGACUUGUUCCAUUCUUUGUUCGUGCGAUGAUCGCGCAUCGUGCAAGAGAUUUCUCCCCCGUCCUUGGACUUCUGUUGCCACUGAUCCUUGUCGCGAACGGGCACGAAUUCGGGAACGGGACCGUGACACCUGAAAACCAAGUUGACGUUAAUCUGUCCAACGUUUCUAUUAUCAAUCACAAGGAGGACAAGAUGGAAGCUCGUUCCGACGGAGACUCGUCUAUUAAUAGGAGCGUUGAAAGAAAAAAUGGCGGUCCUUUCAGUUACCGCAGGGACAGUUACCUGGAGGCUUUAAGGCAUUCUCGCACCAGCACCGAUCCCCGUGAGGGAAUCGUCGACGUGGUUGGAACUGGAUCAGGAUCGUUCCAUCGAAGGAAGGAGCAAUCGUUGGGGCCGGUUUACACGAAACGUUCCGAGAUACCCGCUUCCUCCUCUCGAAUCGUUCACGUGGACUCUUUCUCCAUGGUGCCAAGCGACUCUUACUCCCUGCCUAGUCGAACGUCCGUCGAUUUUAACGCGGUUAAAAAUACUUACGGACCGCCCCAACCUUCUUACGGACCACCUUCCUACGGACCACCUUCAUCCUCCAACGAUUAUUCUUCUUACGGGGAGUACGGGGCAAACGGGGGUGGUUACUCGCCGCACCAGCCACAGCAAGCUUACGGAGCGCCGCACGGGAUAUCCGAGUCGGUGCAACUCUCCCUCCCGUCCGUCGACUUCUCGUGGCCGUUCGCGCUCAAGUUGAACGCCUUCACCCUGGCCAAGAUCCUUCUCAAGCUGGUCAUCUUUAAGAUGAUCGUCAAGUUCAUCGCUGUUAUCUGUCUGUUGCUCUUCAUUCCGAAACUCGAGAUCAAGAAAGGUGACAAGGGGAACAAUAUGCAGAACAACGACAAUGAGGACGAAGGACGUCGGUUUCUGAACGCAAACUCGAUAGUGUGGGACAGAUUGAAUCGCUUAACCUUGGUUGUGCACGACGCGAUGAAGCAAUACGGAGUCGAUAUGGAUAAACCACGAUCGAGCUCAGAUAAAGAAUGCUCGACGCUUCAGUGCCAAAUACGAAGAGCCUUCGAGGAACACGAUGAAUCCUGGCCGGAUUACGAACAACUGUUGCAAAACUAUAUCAUGGAGGAAACUCGGCUCAUACAAGAGAAGUCUUAACCUGCAAUCGCAAUUUCGUUUCUGGAAAAAUAUUUUUUCUCGAUCCGAUCAUGAAUUCGGUCGUCGAUCGAUUCUUAAGGAUCCUACAAAGAUCAACUCGAGAUAUUAGCAAUG